CCUGUUCAGAAACCCGAUCACGAUAAGCAACAACUCAUCCAGAACACUAGCAUGGAGGUUAAAAAGGAUGAUUUAUCGUAUUUUUCGCCGCUCGUAACUUUUCAGGUAGUGGAAGACACGAUCUUCAAAGUCCCUCGUAGAGAAUUUGAGGAGGAAUCCGAAGUUUUUGAAGACAUGUACUCAUUGCCAUCAGAGAAUGCUAAGGAAGGAGAAAGUGAUGAGCAUCCGCUCCGUCUGGAGGGUGUGUCAGUUAGUGACUUUCGUUGUUUCUUACAGGCCUUGAUUCGCAGGCCAGCACUUCGAAGCACAAAGUCACUCACAGAACACGAUCUCGAGAUGGCAUUGAAGCUAGCUAAGAUGUGGUGCUUCAAUGGGCUACAAGAGGUUCUAAUCAAAGACCUUGAGGCCUUAGGACUUCCCGCUUCUCGUAAACUCCAACUUGCUCGUCUAUAUGACAUUAAGGAGUGGUACAAACCAGAGCUGCGAAAACUUGCAUUGCGACGCUCCAGCUUAACCCUUGAAGAGGCAGAGCGGCUUGGACUCGAUCUAACGGUU